UCAAUUAUUUCCCCUCCCCCCACUUCACUCUCCCGAUAAACUCUGAACUCCCUGAACGCUGAUAACGCCCAUCAUGUCGAAGACCAGCGUUCUUCUGGUCGGAGCUGCGGGUGAAACCGGAGGUUCUAUUGCGAAUGGACUGCUGGAGGAUGGCCGAUUUGAGGUGAUCGCCCUUGUUCGCCCUAUCUCGGUCCACAAACCCGCCAUCAGGAAGCUGGAGGAGCGCGGGGUUAAGAUCCGCAAAUGCGACCUGAAGGCGCCUGAGGAGCACCUGAUUGAAGCUCUCGCCGACAUUGAAGUCGUUAUCAGCUGUGUUGGCCCCGCCGAGCAGCAGGACCAGAUCCCUCUGGCCAAGGCGGCCAAGAAAGUAGGCGUCAAGCGGUUCAUCCCGUGUGGUUUCAUCACUGUGGCACCUCCCGGAGGUGUUAUGUGGCUGCGCGAUGAGAAAGAGAUUGUCUACAACCAAAUUCGCCAGAUGUGGCUCCCCUACACCAUCGUCGACGUCGGCUGGUGGUACCAGCUGUCCUACCCGCGCCUUUUGUCCGGCCGUGUUGACUACGCCAUGACAUCUGGCAACGAUGAGAUCAUCGGCGAUGGAAACAUGCCCACCGCGCUCACUGACCUGCGCGACAUCGGUCGCUACAUGGCUAUGAUCAUCAGCGACGAGCGCACGCUGAACAAGAAGAUCCUCGCAUACAACUUGGUGUCGACACAAAACGAGAUCUACAACCUCAUGGAGGAAAUCAGCGAGGAGAAGGUCGAUCGCAACUACGUCCCCGAGGAGACCAUCAACAGCCGAGUCCUCGCAGCCCGCCAGGCCAGUGAAACCUACCCCUUCGACCCGAUCAAGUUCAUCCCCCGAUACCUCGCCGAGUACCAAUACUCCUGGGGCAUUCGCGGCGACAACAACCCGGCGUACGCCAAGUACCUGGGUUACCAUCUCACCACCGAACUCUACCCCGAUUUCAAGCCGACCGACUUCAGGGAGUACCUCGAGUCCGUGAUCCGGGGCACCGCCACGGGUGUGUAUCAAGACCGGGUGAUCUCGCGCAAGCACCAACGGCACUUCCCCCGCACCGAGUCUAGCGACUCGCUGUACACGCGCAUUUUCCCGCGCACGGAGUCAAGCGACUCCCUCAUGUCGCGAUAAAAAGAUUCGGACGGUUUCACGCAUUUCCUACCUCGGUUGACCCGACUCCUUUCAAAUUUGGCUAUUGAAGAUUUUACGACAUCCCUCCUCUCUCCCCCAUAGAAAUGGGGGCCCGCUGAUUCAUUUUGGGCGUCUUACUAGCUUACUUUGGGCGUUGCGAUCACGGCUUCGACGGGGAAUCCAUAGACGCUUACCCGCUGGCCUUCCUGGAUUGAGGGCCCUUUGGGGCGAUGAUCAGGAUUUCGUUUUUUUUUGGUUGUUGGUUGUUUCAUACUACGUUUAUUAAGGGUUUCUCUACGGAGGUCAUCCGCGUUUUUGCAUAUAGAAAUAUCC